CUAGGAGUCAGCCUGUUCAAUUUGCUGAAACGUUGGGCAUCAAUUGCAUCGACUCCCGCCCAUGUCGAUAGUGUAAGUACACAUGCUGCUGAGACUCCAUCAAUUGCACCGACCGACUGACAGCCCUAUCCCCAACAUAUCGUUUUGGACUUUUUGCCCAAUCUUUGAAUUCAAAACCUGGUUGCAGUUGCAGCAUUUCAAUUUUCCCGCAAUUCUCAAACCAUAGAUUUCCUUUCUCCUUGCAUAAGAAUACCAAUUUCCAUAUAACUCUGACCGAGUGUUGCCUCCAGAGGCGCGACUUCUUUCAAUCAAGCCGUGAACAUGACCGAGAAUUGCAGUUCCGGUCCGCUAAGCUCACUCCCUCAUCCUUUCGCCGCCGGAAAAUGGCUCCCGGUCUGUCCAGAGGCAAACCUUCCUCCUCUUCCCCUGAAUCUGUUCAGCAAACUAGGAGACAAUCUCCUGGUCGAGAUUCUGAUUCGCCUCCCAAACCCAAGAUCCUUCUGCCGCUGCAAAGCCGUCUUCAAGUCGUGGAGAACCCUUAUCUCCGAUCCUAGCUUCAAUCGCCGCUUUAUUUCCCAUCACCAGAGCAGGUACAAACCAGUAUUUAUGUUCCUUCCCGCACCCGACCAAGACUCGAUCCUCAGCUUUCUCCCCGUGUCGGAUAAGGCUCGACCGAGAUUCAGAGUCAUGGACUGUUUCAAGGACUUGCUUUUAUGUGGAUUUCUUGAGAUUGAAACAACCAAAUUGCGCAGAUCCUACUUGGUAUGCAAUCCGUUUACCAAGCAAUGGACAACCCUUCCAUUGGGGCCUGAAAUGACAGAUUCAGGGUAUGAUGAAUCUUUCGCAGCAUUAGUCUGUCAAUCCCGUAGUAAUUGUAGUCUUGUGCAGCAUCUAGACGAAGAAUCAGAACCUGAAGCAAUUGAUUCUGAGUAUGAAUUCCCUGUGGUGCGUGUUCAUCAAUUUCUCAUAUCUACAGUACUGCAGGUGUUCUGUUCUGAGUCCGGGAAAUGGUUGGAGAUGUCGUUGGAUAUCACGAUAAGUUCACCGUUCGCUGCAGUCUCCUAGAACGGGGAAUUGUUUUGCGUGUCUUUCACCACGAGUACCCAUUUGGAAACGUUGUUUGCAUGCGAUCCUUUCUGCCCUAAUGGACCUCUCAAACCUAUGAUGUUUGCUCCGGUGCUGGGAUUGAGCACUCUUGCAGUCUCACAAGGAGCUCUUCACAUCGUUGUAUUCGAAAUGAAAGGUAUACAUCGUAGUUCAAGGAAUGCCCUGAGUGUUUGGAGACUGGAAGGAUACGGUGAGUAGCGUUUAAGCCUACAAUAUGAAAUGGUGUUGAAGACCACAUCAACACCAAUACCAUCAGUGUCACUAUGGGGUGACUAUGAAAUUUAAUAACUGCUAUGUACUUUCUCUGCAUCCAGAGAAGCCAGAAAUUGUCUUCCUUCCAUGUGCAGAUCCCCUUGAUGGAUGUAUCUACUCCUGCAAUUUGAGGACAAGAACGGGAGAGCCAGAGUUGUAUUCUACAGUAGCACCAUUUAAUUGUAACUGCCUUUGGAGGAAGGUGCAGCCUAGAGUCACUUGUUGGCUGACUCGCUCUUACCGUCACUUUAGAAAAUGGACAAGUGUAACCACCUCCUAAAGCAAAGUAUAGCGGGUUUGGGUUUUAAUGUCAACCCGGGUCCUAGAUGUGAUGACUACUCCGUGAGUUCUUAUUAUUUAGCAGUGAAACUUUAGUGAAGAUCCAAACAAGUAAACAAGCAAAGCGAGUAAAAAGGUUGUUUUCAAGUCGAGAGAGGUCACCCGGAUAUGGUUCCCCCUAGACUGCAAUUAAGCCGGAUUGUGAUUUACCAAGUUCAUUUUCAAUGAUAGUUAUACUGCGGGAGGUUCUUAAACAGUCUGAAGUCUCGACUAAAGGUCUCCAAACCCUCUCAAUCUGAGUCUCCAGCGGACGCCUAACCUCCACCGGAGUAAACAGAUUGAGGCCCUAACGAACCAAACCUCCACUACUGAAGUAAAUUCGGUACAGAAUAGUGAAUUGACUCCUCGACUAAAGUCGCCAAUUCACUACCUUCAACCAAGGGUGCUCUAUCAACCUAGGCAGAUAUUCUCUUUCUAGGUUAAAGCAGAAACAACAGGAAUUUGAUCACGAUUCAUGCCAUUCAACAAAUCAAACCUCAAUUAAUCAUACCAAUGAAUCUGUACUUGGGUUCAUACAAUCAGACCUAACAUAAAAAUCUAGGGUUCUUCAUACCCAGGUGAAUAAGAAAACUACUCCAUAGAGAGAGAUGGGAAAUCCAGCUCAGAUGCGGAAACCAUACUCUGAAGAAUGAUAAUCUGCUUCUGGCACUCAAUCAGGUCUUCUCCAAGCUCAAGCCGAGCUCCAAUGGUGAUGGAGAUCGAUCUAUGACACUUGCAGAGUCAGGUUCGUCACUUUCUCUCUCUAGGUAUCGCUCUGUCUCUCUAAAACUCGGAACCCUUCACUUUUGGCCUUCUUUUCCCUUAAGAAGCUGUCUGUCGCGAUCCCCGGCCUGAAUACCCGGUCGGGUAUUUUGGGUGGCGAUCGGGUAUAAAGGUUGUCAACCCGCGGGUUGACCCGCGGGUCGACCCACUUUGACCCUGACCCGGUGAGAAAAACGAGUCAUACGCACCCGCCGGGCCGACCGCUACAAGGUCAAAUUGUGUCAUUUUUUUCUUAGGUUUGCGAAAUGAGCCUAUUUUCUGAUUUUUCUUUUCGCCUAACUCAAUCUUUGGAAUCCUAAGUUGAACAUUUGAAUAUUUAUGUUAUAUAAGUGUGUAUGAAUUUUCACUAUAUGUUGGAUCUAAGUACGAUAUGUUAUUUUGGCGUAAUAUUAUAUGCUAUAAGUCAUAUGCUAGAUAAGAUUUGAUAUAAUUGAUGAGGAUAAGUACAAUAUAAUGACUUUUUCUAU